GUUGGGUAUUGGGAUAGUGUGAAAAAAACAAAAAAAAGAAACGGUGUCGUUAAGCAAAGGUUUUCUAUUUUGUGGCCAUGUGAGAAGAGCUGACAGAGGUUUUCAAAACCUAAUGAGUAAUGAACAAAUAAAACACCACGGAAUUAGAAUAACAAGCUUUCGUUUGCUUACAGCUAAGUUCGGUUUCUUCUCUCUCUCUUUCCUCUCCCAUUGAAUUAUUUGCCAUGGCUAAGAGCUCGUUCAAGAUGGAACACCCACUUGAAAGGAGGCAGGCUGAGGCAGCUCGCAUAAGAGAGAAGUAUCCUGAUAGAAUUCCAGUAAUUGUUGAAAGGGCAGAGAAGAGUGAUGUUCCUGAAAUUGAUAAGAAAAAAGCUGAGUCCAGAAAAGGCCAUCUUCAUUUUUGUGAAGAACAUUUUGCCACCAACUGCGGCUAUUAUGUCUGCGAUUUAUGAGGAAAAUAAGGAUGAAGAUGGAUUCUUGUACAUGACUUACAGUGGGGAAAAUACAUUUGGUGUGAUAAUCUGAAAUCAACUAAUGGAGAGAGGCAAACCAUGUGAAUAGAACUUCCUAAAAAGUCGCCCAAUGUGAAGGAGGUGGCAUAAUUGUAAAUUCUCUGGGUUGAAUCGUUUCAUGUAAAGUUUUAUUAAACUUAAUUUGGUGAUAAUGGUAUGUGUACUCCAGCUUAUUUGAAAAAUUGCCUUAUGAUUAUGCCUUUCUCUUGGAAUAGUUGAAGGUUUCAUUUGGAGAAAAGAAUGAAAUUUCAUAGCGUAGAAGUAAAAAAAA